AUGAAGUCUUUAGCAAGAAGUCAUGUAAACUGGCCUGGUAUCGAUGAGGAUAUCAUUACUUACGUACGUAAUUGCCACCAGUGUGCAAUUACAUGCUCCGCCCCAGUAAAGCAUACUUUUCAGUCAUGGCCUAUAACAAAUAAACCUAUGGAACGCAUCCACAUAGACAUUGCCGGUCCUUGCAAUGGUUUAUACUACUUUGUUGUUAUUAAUGCAUAUUCAAAAUGGCCAGAAAUUUUCGAAAUUACCAAUAUUACAUCAUCAACUAUAAUUUCAAAAUUAACUGAAAUGUUCGCUAGAUAUGAGGAUCCAGAUACCAUUGUUUCGGAUAACGGUACUCAAUUUGUGAGUGCUCAGUUCAACAAAUUUGUAGCAGAUCGAGGUAUUACACAUCUAAAAACAGCACCGUAUCAUCCACAAUCUAACGGACAAGCAGAACGUUUUGUUGGAACGUUAAAACGUGCUCUUGAAAAACUCAAACAAGAGGGGACAAAUAAGGAGAAUUUGGAAACAUUUCUUCAAACCUACCGUUCAACACCUAAACCUGAUUCAAAAUCACCAGCAGAAUUGUUUCUGAAUCGAAAAAUUAAAACUAUUUUGGACUUACUUAAACCACAACAAGAAGUAUCACCCAUUAAACGUAAUGUUCAACAAGAAAUGAUUUUCAACGAGAAACAUGGUGCUAAAUCUAAAAGUUUCAAUACUAAUGAAGAGGUAUUUGCACAAAUUUUCAGAAACAACAAGUUUAUUUGGCUACCUGGUUCAAUAGUGGAACGUGUUGGAACCGUUAAUUACAAUGUCCUAGUGGUUGAUAAAAAUAAACAAAAGCUCAUUCGUUCGCAUACAAAUCAACUAAAGAAAAGAUUUGAAUCUGAUAAGGAACCAAUAAAUUUGGCAUACUUAUUAUUCGACAUUUUUGAUUUGUACAAGCCACAAGAAAAUAUACAUCCAACUGUACAAGAAUCAAGAGUAAUAGAACAUGAUCAAUCUGUUUCCACAGAACAAGAUGGUGCUUUUGGAACAAACACUGAUGCUGAAAUUAUUCAAAAUGAACCUGAUUCUUCAUUUCAUUCAACAUCUGAGUCAAUAGAAAAUCAAACUAUAUCACCUUCACCAGUUAAUACGGAAUCAUCUAGGCCAAAAAGGAAUUGUCAACCUCCAGAUAAGGUGGGAGCAUUCAAAAUGGAAUUUCGGACGCAUUCAAACACCAAAUGGACCACUAGCGACGACAGCGGUAGUCAACCUCCCACACUGUCCAAAAAUUAA